UUCUUUUACUUCUCUUCCUUUUUUUUGUUUGUUUUUAGCUCUUGUUUUGCAACUUCAUUACAUCUCUUUGCUCCAUAACUAAUUGGAUUCAAUUCUUGCAAGUUCACUUGAUUAUAAUUGCUCAAUCAUGGCAAGGUGUUUUUUUCCUUUUUCUUUUCCUCUCUAUCACAAAGAAAAUAAUUUUGAUAAAAGAUGAACAUAAUAAUUUGUUGCUUUUUGAAAAAAGAUAGAGGAUAUCAUGUAGUAAGCACAUAUAAAAAAACUCAGUACAGAUGAUAUAGGAAAACGAAUGAUUAAAUUGCGUUAUUAGAAGUUGUGAACAUACACAUAGGCAUUGCUAAUUAAGGAGAAGAGUGAUUUUCAAAUCGAUGUUAUUUCAUAAUUACUUGUUCAUUGUUGCUGGUUAUAAUUUAAUUAUCUGCCUUGCAUGGAAGGUGAUUUGCACUUUCUGGAACAGGGAAAGUGGAAAAGUUCUUGCAUAUAUAGCAAGACGAUCGGCGAAGGCACAAUGCAGCUAGUUAGUGUUGCUUCUGUGAGCAGCAGAGAAAUCACUUCAUCUUUUCAUUCUUGUCCUUCAAUCCCCCUUCAAAAUUAUUUGGUGGGAAUGGAUUUACGUCUAGAGGAGUUAAGCUCAUAUAUGGGUAUAGGGUCAGAUGAUGUUCGUUUUGUAGGAAUCUAUGGGAUGGGAGGAAUAGGAAAGACAACUAUUGCUAAAGCUUAUUACAAUUGGAUGUCUUGCCAAUUUGAGGGCAGGGCUUUUCUUGCCAAUGUUAGGGAAAAUUGCUCGAAAGGCGGUCUACUCUCUUUGCAAGAACAGCUUCUUUCAGAAAUCCUUGAGAAAAAUGUGAAAAUAUGGAAUAUGUAUAAAGGAAUGGACAUGAUAAAGAGUAGGCUACGCUUCAAAAGGGUCUUGAUUGUCAUUGAUGAUGUGAAUCAAUUAAAUCAGUUACAGGAAUUGGCGGGGAAAAGUGAUUGGUUUGGUUCAGGGAGUAGAAUCAUCAUAACCACCAGAGACGAACAUUUGCUCGUCAGUCAUGGUGUGGAUCAUAUAUACAAGGCUAAGGGAUUAAAUAAAACUGAAGCUCUUCAACUUUUUAGUUUAAAGGCCUUUAAAGAUAGCAAGCCUCCAAUAGAUUAUUUGAAUUUGUCAGCUAAUUUUGUACGUUAUGCUGAUGGCCUUCCAUUAGCUCUUGAAGUUUUGGGUUCCAUUUUGUUUGGAAAGACUUUAAAUGAAUGGAGAACUGCAUUAGACAGAAUGAGAGAAAAUCCUAGAACAGAAAUCUCGGAUAUACUUCAAAUAAGUUUUGAUGGAUUAGAGGAUAUAGAAAAGCAAAUAUUCCUAGAUAUAGCAUGUUUCUUCAAGGGGAAGAAUAAAGAUUGGACUACAGAAAUAUUGGAUAGCUGUGGUUUCUACCCUGAUAUUGGAAUAAGGGUUCUUAUUGAUAGAUCUCUCAUAACUAUUGUGGGAGAAAGAUUGUGGAUGCAUGAUUUGCUACAAGAAAUGGGUUGGAAAUUGGUUCGACAAGAAUCUCCAAAAGAGCCAGGAAAACGUAGUAGGCUAUGGCUUUAUAAGGAUAUCUUUCAUGUCAUGUCAAAAAAUACGGGAACAGAAGAUGUUGAAGGCAUAGUCCUAGAGUUGCCAGAAGCCGAAGAGGCACGAUUGAAUGCUAAAUCUUUCCUGAAGAUGAAAAAACUCAGAUUGCUGAUAUUUCAUAAUGUGCACUUUUCAAAUAGCCUGGAAUAUCUUUCCAAUGAGUUGCGGUUUCUCAAAUGGCAUGGAUAUCCUUUCAAAAGUUUGCCAUCAAAUUUCCAGUCAAAGGAACUUGUCGAACUUGACAUGCGUUUUAGCCAAGUUGAAAAACUUUGGAACGGCAUUAAGCAAUUUAACAUGCUAAAAGUCAUGAAACUUAGUCACUCCAAAAAUCUUGUCAAGACACCAGAUUUUAGAGGGGUCCCAAAUCUUGAGAAGCUGAUUCUUGAAGGUUGUAUAAAAUUGCAUGAGAUUGACCAGUCCAUUGUGGUUCUUGAAAGACUAGUUGUAUUGAACCUGAAAGACUGCAAAAGGCUUGUGAGUCUUCCAGAAGGUAUAUACGGUUUAAAGACGCUUAAAAUUGUUAAUAUAUCAGGUUGUUCAAAACUUGACUACACGGUGGAGGAAUUGGGGCAUGUCGAAAGUUUGGAGGAGCUUGACGUAAGUGAAACUGAAAUAAAACAAGCAUCUUCUUCCUUGUUUCACUUCAAGAACCUUAAGAUUUUCUCUAUCAGUGGAUGUAAAGGACAAACGAGGUCCCUAUUAUCCAUGUUGCCUGGAAAAGGUUCAAAUGCAUCAGGUUUUUGCUCUCUCAUGGAAUUAGAUCUAAGUAACUGUAAUAUUCAGGACGGAACAAUUCCCAGCAAUCUCAGUUGCUUAUCCUCCUUGAGAGAAAUUAAUCUGAGCGGCAACAACUUCAUUAGUCUACCUGCAAGCAUCAAUCGCCUCUCCAAGCUUGAACGAUUAGAUUUGAACAACUGUAGAAGUCUUCAGUCCUUGCAGGCAUUUCCUCCAAAUGUAAAAUUUAUAAGUGCACAUGCCUGUUCUUCAUUAGAAACAUUACCUGAAACUGUAGACGCAUCUAGUUUGCGAUCUCCAGGAUUAAACUUUGCAAAUUGCUUUAAGUUGGCAAGGAAUCAAGGCUGCAACAACAAUGCGUUUAUGAUGCUAAGACGACACCUGCAGGGGAUGUCUGACCCCAAAACUCGGUUUGACAUGGUUGUUCCUGGAAGCAACAUUCCAAAGUGGUUUAGCCAUCAAAGCUUGGGAGACUCUUCGGCAAAGGUAGAGCUACCACUAGUUUGGUUUGAUAGUAAGUGGAUGGGAUUUGCUUUUUGUGCUAUUUUUAUAAUCCAUAAUCGACCAACCCCGAACUUCUUUUAUGAUCUUGAUCUCACGUGUCUUCUUAAAAUCAAUGGACAUACCUGGCGUCAUCAACUUUAUGAUGGUUUCUUAACAGCGAUGGAACAAUAUGGGUCAGAUCAUCUUUGGGUUUUCUAUUUGUCACGUUAUGAGUUCUUGGGUAUAGACUGGCAGGACAUGGGCCAAACAACAUGUCGCCAUGUUCUGGAGGUCAUGUUCAGAGCCCAUGGUCUAGGCUUUUAUGUCAAGAAGAUUGGGGUCCGUCUAGUAUAUGAGCAAGACGUGUUGGAGUUUAACCAAACAAUUAAUCAAUUUCAGAGCUUUGAUUAUGAGAAUUUAGAUGUUCUGCACCACGGUUUAGAUAAAUCAGCAGUGGAUGGCGCCUUGAUUAAGAGAAGCUACGAUGAUCAUCACGACAAUGAUGGACCAGAAUCUAUUGGAAAAUGCAUGUUUGAGGAGGAACCACAACCUAAAAGACUGAAAGAAGUUGAUUGAAUUAGAUAUGAUCUACUUGCAAUUAUCGGUUUUUUCAAGCUCUUAAUGUCUGCAUUUGACUACCAAACUUCAAUCCUCGCUGAAGCAUUUAUGCAAUUGAGAUUGAAAUUUCUGUAAUUAAAAUUUAGCUAUUGCUUUCUGUUUGAGAAUUAAGGCUGCAGCCAUAUUGCAUUUGGUUAUAGUCGGUUUAAGACACAUAUUGUACCCUAAAGUAUAGGAUGAGUGUUUGUAUUUUUGCAUUCAAAAUUUUAUAUUUUUUAAGAUGACUUAAUAAUAUUAAGCCAAAAUUCUAGGUUA